AUGGUGUCCGGGAACGUUUCCGACACGGCGGCCGGCGAGGAGUCAUCGAUAUGGAUUCUUGAAAGCAUCGGCGUUGAUCAAAUGGUGGAUGUUCCUACGGACAACAACGACGUAGCAGCAGCUGAUCAUCAUACAACCAUGAAUGGAACGACGUCGUUGAAGAAAAGCAAUAGCAGCGCAAGAAAGAGGAAUGGGGUGGUGGUCCCCAGGAUGGGAAGGAUGACAUCAGGAGCGACAAGAGGGCUUAAGAGCUUACGUUUCCUCGACAGGACAACAACCGGGAAGGAAGCCGAUGCAUGGAGGUGCAUUGAGAGGCGGUUCAAUCAGCAUGCAGUUGAUGGGAGGCUCUCCAGAGACAAAUUUGGAACCUGCAUUGGAAUGGGAGCAGAAUCGAAGGACUUUGCCGGGGAAUUAUACGAUGCCUUGGCUAGGCGCAGGAAGAUGAGCGCAGCAAAUGGGAUUGCUCUCGAAGAGUUGAGAAUCUAUUGGGAAGACAUGACAAAUCAAGACAUCGAUUCCCGGCUUCAAAUAUUCUUUGACAUGUGUGACAAGAAUGGGGAUGGGAAACUGUCAGAGGAUGAGGUGAAGGAGGUUAUAGUUUUGAGCGCCUCCGCAAACAAGCUAGGAAAUCUUAAAAAGCAAGCCGCGGAAUAUGCAGCUUUGAUAAUGGAAGAACUUGAUCCUGAUCAUCAAGGGUAUAUAGAGAUGUGGCAGCUAGAGACACUAUUAAGGGGAAUGGUGAGCUCAGAUGAAAGUAACAAGCUUUCCAAGAAGACGCAAACUCUAACAAGAGCCAUGAUCCCCAAGAAAUACAGAACUCCUGUCAGCAAAUUCCUAUCAAAAACCACAGAACUUAUCCAUGAGAAUUGGAAGAGAAUAUGGAUGAUCACAUUGUGGUUAACCAUAAACUUGGUCCUUUUUUUCUGGAAAUUCAACCAAUACAGGCACAGAGGGGCAUUCCAAGUCAUGGGAUAUUGCAUCUGCAUUGCCAAGGGUGCUGCUGAGACUCUCAAGUUCAACAUGGCUCUCAUUCUCCUUCCUGUUUGUAGAAAAACUCUUACUAAGCUUAGGUCAACCUUUCUCAGUAGUUUAAUUCCCUUUGAUGAUAAUAUAAACUUCCACAAGUUAAUAUCCCUGGCAAUAGCAAUUGGGAUUUCUGUCCAUACAAUAACCCAUGUGAGUUGUGAUUUUCCAAGAUUGAUUACAUGUCCAAAAGAGAAAUUCAUGACAGUUCUUGGAUCCAAUUUCAGUUACAAGCAGCCAAGUUACAUGGGGUUGCUGGAAAGUAUCCCAGGUCUAACAGGAAUUCUAAUGAUUAUUAUAAUGGCCUUCUCCUUCACUUUGGCAACACAUUCGUUUAGAAGAAAUGUCAUCAAGCUUCCAUGGCCAUUCCACCAUUUGGCAGGGUUCAAUGCCUUCUGGUAUGCACACCAUUUGCUGGCUCUGGCCUAUAUCCUCUUGGCCAUACAUGGCUAUUUCCUGUUCCUCACAAAGGACUGGCACAGUAAGACGACAUGGAUGUAUCUCAUUGUCCCUGUACUAUUCUAUGCUAGCGAGAGAAUUUCUAUAACAAUUAACGAAAGGAAUCAUCGUGUCAACAUCAUUAAGGCCAUCAUAUACACAGGAAAUGUUUUAGCACUAUACAUGAGCAAACCUCCAGGAUUCAAGUACAAAAGUGGAAUGUACCUUUUUGUCAAUUGCCCAGAUAUAUCAAAUUUUGAAUGGCAUCCUUUCUCCAUCACUUCAGCUCCAGGAGAUGACUACUUGAGUGUCCACAUACGGACCUUGGGGGACUGGACUAGAGAGCUUAAAAACAGAUUUGCACAGGUCUGUGAACCCCAAAGUACGCAGGUAAGAAGAGGAAGUCUCAUGAGAAUGGAAACUAGAGCGCAUCCAAACUACGAACAUUCACAAUCAGGAUAUCCAAGGAUCCUCAUAAAGGGACCAUAUGGAGCCCCGGCUCAGAAUUACAAGAAGUAUGACAUCCUUUUGCUCGUAGGUCUAGGCAUUGGGGCUACUCCAUUCAUCAGCAUUAUAAAAGAUCUCUUAAAUAACAUCAAGCCAAAUGACCUUGAAGCUGAUCCAAUACACAGCAAUUUGGCUGGGGCAAAUAAGAAGUGCCCUGAAAGAGCAUACUUUUACUGGGUAACCAGGGAGCAAGGAUCCUUUGAAUGGUUUAAAGGAGUCAUGGAUGAUAUUGCAGAGUACGACCACAAUCAUGUAAUAGAAAUGCACAACUACCUGACAAGUGUGUAUGAAGAAGGAGAUGCCCGGUCUGCCCUUAUUGCCAUGGUACAACAACUGCAACAUGCUAAGAAUGGAGUUGAUGUUGUCUCUGAGAGUCGGAUACGAACCCAUUUUGCAAGGCCCAACUGGAAGAAAGUCUUUUCUGACUUGGCAACUGCACACCCAUCUUCUCGGAUAGGUGUAUUCUAUUGUGGCAGUCAUACGCUUACCAAAUCACUAAAGAAGCUCUGCCAAGAAUUUAGCCUAAACUCAUCAACUCGCUUCCACUUUCACAAGGAGAACUUCUAG